CACAUCCCUUUCGCUUUUAAAGUUAUAAGCAAGGGUCAACAUCCUGUUUCUGGAAACAGCUGAGGAGAGCUUAGAAGUCCCUCACCAACACAGAGAAGUUUUGAUCACACAAUCAUAAUUCACCAACUAAAACUACAGAGGAAGAUUUUUUGUAAUGUCUGUUAAUUAUUCAGAUGGUUUGUCUCAAUAUGAUCACAAAGGACGUUGUGGUUUGCCAGAAAAGCAUGACUCUACUGAAGAAGUCCAAGAAAAAGUUCGCCAAUUAGCUGAAUGGGUGAAAGCCAGCAGUCACUUUGUGGUACACACUGGAGCUGGCAUUAGUACAGCAGCUGGCAUUCCUGACUUCAGAGGACCAAAAGGUGUUUGGACGUUAGAACAAAGAGGUGAAAAGCCCAAUGUUAGUGUAACGUUUGAUAACGCUCGCCCUACCCGCACCCACAUGGCUUUGGUUGCCUUGGAAAAAACUGGUUAUGUCAAGUAUGUGGUCAGUCAGAAUGUCGAUGGUCUUCAGAUACGUUCAGGAUUUCCUCGAAAUCGGCUGUCUGAACUACAUGGCAACAUGUUUGUGGAAGAAUGCGACAAAUGUGGAACUCAGUACAUAAGGAGUACUGCUGUACCUACAAUGGGCCUCAAGCUAACAGGGAACUCGUGUCUGAAAACUAAAGCAAGGGGAAAUGUAUGUCGAGGCAUGGCAAGGGACACGAUAUUGGACUGGGAAGAUGCCUUACCAGAGAGAGAUAUGGACUUGGGAGAUCUGAAUUCAAGGAAAGCAGAUGUUAGCCUGUGCCUGGGGACAUCCUUGCAGAUUAUUCCUAGUGGAAACUUACCGCUACUGACACGCAAAAAACAUGGCAAACUUAUUAUCGUCAAUCUGCAGCCUACCAAACAUGAUCGUCAUGCAGACUUGCGAAUAAAUACUUAUGUUGAUGACGUCAUGACACAAUUAUGUCAAAUUCUUGGAGUGGAAAUUCCAGAAUAUGAAGAACCUGUCAUCAACCUAGGAUCAAUUCACACUGUUAAAGGAGAAAAGAAACUGAAUGUUUUGAUUAGAGAUGAAGUGUCAAAGUCAGAAAAUGUGAAAAUAGAAUUAAAAACCAAAAGUACAGAAAAGUGUUCCAAAAAAGACACGAAAAUUCACAUUAAAUGCAAUACUGGUAAAGACAGCCAUGAUCUAGGGAAUUUAGACAACAAAAAGGAUUUUGAUUUAGAAAUGAAAUCAACAAGUAUCACUGAUUGGAAUGAUCAGAACAAACCUGAGGUUCUGUCCGGAUCUCCAGAUAACAAAGCUAAUCUCGCUCUCUCAGUAGGUACAUGUGCGAAGGAUUCAGAAUCUCUGUCUCACCUUCUCCCCAGCACAGAUAUUGUAGGCAGUAACACAAACUGUAAACAGGAGACAAAUUCCCGAUCAGAGGACGUUACAACAGACCAGCAACUCGUGACAGAUCCCUCCAGGGAUCUAGAUGCCCCAACAAAAAAAUGUAGGAAGCUCGAUAGCAGAUGAUUAAUUUUAUCCUGAAAAAAUAUGUCAAAAUAUACGUAUUUUUGUAUCAUGAACUCUGAUCACUUUGCUUGUCAUUUUCUUUUUUCAGUAAAAAAAAAAUGUACUUUUAUUAAAAGUGAAAUAGAUAACGAGGGUGAGAAAAUGUUUGGAUGUCAUUUUCUUACUUCAGAAAAAAAAUUGUACUUUUAUUAAUAGUGAAAUAGAUAACGAGGGUGAGAAAAUGUUGGGGUGUCAUUUUCUUAUUUUCAGAAAAAAAUAUGUACUGUUAUUAAUAGUGAAAUAGAUACGAGGGUGAGAAAAUGUUGGGGUGUCAUUUUCUUAUUAUCAGAAAAAAAUAUGUACUUUUAUUAAUAGUGAAAUAGAUAACGAGGGUGAGAAAAUGUUGGGAAAGAAUUAAUAAAGACUGCCUCAAA